AUGCGUAUUCGCCUACAGCCUCGCAGGAGACCACAAGGCAAGCGACCGCCAGGUAGGCUGAAUAUUGUCUUGUUGUCUUUGCCUGCUCACCAUCUUCAUUUCAGCAAUGGGCUGGCUCAACGGCUAGACAACCUUCUAAGUCGCUGCUGCUGUUGCCGCCGACGCCGCUGCUGAGAACGCUUCCGUGGAGAACCGCUGGUUUCAACUGCGAGACACGGUACAGUCGACGGCGCUGGCCGUCCUCGUCGCGCACGCCACCAACACCAGGAAUGGUUCGACGACAACGACGCCGCCAUCAGAAAUCUGCUAGCUGAGAAGAACCGCCUACACAAAGCCUACGUAGAUCACCCCACUGAUGCCACCAAAGCUGCCUUCUACCGCAGUCGCCGACAGCUUCAGCAACGACUGCGCGAGAUGCAGGACGCCUGGACUGCUCGCAAAGCUGAGGAGAUCCAAGGCUACGCGGACCGCAACGAAUGGAAGAACUUCUUCUCCGCGAUCAAAGCUGUCUACGGUCGGCCGACGAAGGGCACUGUUUCUCUCCUCAGCGCCGACGGCAGUACUCUCCUGACUGAGAAGACGCAAAUCCUGCAGCGAUGGGCCGAGCAUUUCCGAGGUGUCCUCAACAGCCCCUUCACCAUCUCCGACGCCGCCAUCGCCCGUUUGCCGCAAGUGGAGACCAACGUGGACCUCGACUUUCCGUAUUCUCUCUAG